UUGCCGCCCAAUCACUGACUGUCAAGAAAGGUCAUUGAGGCUGAGACAUUGAGAAAGGUAGAUUUAAGGUUAUGAUUAUCCAUUCCCAUGAAAGUUCAGGUUGGAAUCAUGGUUUUCAGAUCCUAUGAAACCAUAACUCAGACAUGUUCCUCUUUCAGUUCAAGGUUUUUCAAUUAGUCCUGCUCUUAGCCCUUUCAGAAUUCUGUUUUCAAAGUGCUAAUUGCUGGGAAAUCUCAAACAGAAACCUUUUUGAAGCCUCUUGCCCAUUAAACUACAGUGUCAUUCGUGAAUUAGUCAGUAAAGCUCGUCCGAAACAUUCAUUUAUUGAUCUGCCUAAUCAAUGUCAAUUCGUUCCUGAUGGAAUUCGUUUUGUUCGGUCAGAAUAUCUGCGAACCGCCAGGUCCUUUGUUCCUCCUCCUGAUACAUUUCAGACAUGUUGGCAAUCAUAUCGGAACGUGAUUAGCGAGGUUUCAGAUGGUCUUGAUAUCCAGUCUGGCUGUGGUUAUCAGGCUGGAUGGAUCUCAAAGGGCUGUAUGAAUAUUACAUCUGUGGCACAGUUUGAGAUCAAAUUUCCCGAGUCCAAGUUGCAAGAGAUGAAGCUUUAUUGUAAUCGAUCUCUGGAUGAUGACCUUGCUUGUGGUUCUUGUACCAAGAAAUUGUUGAGUCUUGGGGAUCUGUAUCUUCGUGAUCCUCAACCUGUGAAUGCCUCAGAUUGUUCUGGCUAUCUGUCUAUGUAUGCAGCUGCCAUUAUUAAUCGGUUUGGACCGACCGAUCCCGGAACUGCAAAGUGCUUGUUCAGGCUUAAGUAUUCAGUGAAGUCCACAACCAAUGAGCAUCACAAGGCUGUGAUUGCUGGCAUUGCUGCGGGUUCCGUGUUUGGUGUCUUGGGGGGCUUUAUUGCAGUUUGCUUACGCUGGAAGCUACACGGGAAAAGCGACAAGGAAAAGAUCAGUCCAGAUCUAGAGGAUGCUAGUUUGGAUCUUGGGUUUGGAUUGCACAUUAGAAGCACUAAUAUAGUCAAAUUCAAAAUCGAGGAAAUCACGAAGGCAACAAUGAAUUUCUCUAGACAUAAUAUUAUUGGCAAAGGAGGUUAUGGGAAUGUUUACAAAGGGAUGUUACCGGAUGGAUCUGAAGUUGCAUUCAAGAGGUUCAAGAACUGUUCUGGUAGUGGCGAUGCAACGUUUGCACUCGAAGUGGAAAUCAUAGCCAGUGUGAGGCAUGUCAAUCUUGUUGCUUUAAGAGGCUAUUGCACCCAAAAAGUUCCUCCAGAAGCUCAUCAAAGGAUCAUUGUGUGCGAUUUGAUGCAUAAUGGAAGUCUCUACAACCAUCUUUUCGAAUCAGGAAAAAUGAAACUUAGCUGGCCGAUUCGUCAGAAGAUCGCCCUCGGAACCGCUCGGGGUUUGGCGUAUUUACACUAUGGGGUACAUCCAGCAAUCAUCCACAGGGAUAUUAAAGCUAGCAAUAUACUUUUGGAUGACAACUUCGAGGCAAAAGUUGCAGAUUUUGGCCUUGCAAGGUUCAAUUCACAGGGAAUGACACAUUUGAGCACAAGAGUUGCCGGGACUCUUGGUUACGUCGCCCCGGAGUAUGCCUUGUAUGGGACGUUAACCGAAAGAAGCGAUGUCUACAGCUUCGGAGUUGUGCUUCUUGAGCUUCUGAGUGGAAAAAAGGCUUCUGAAAACAACGAGGGAAAUGUUUCUCUUUUGACAGAUUGGGCGUGGUCGCUAGCCAAGGAAGGCAGAGGAUUGGACAUCAUCGAAGAUAACCUGCCUGAGCUGGGGUUACCAGAAGUGAUGGAACAAUAUGUGCACGUUGCUCUUAUCUGUGCUCAUCCUUUAUUACAUGCUAGGCCAACAAUGGAUCAGAUUGUGAAUAUGCUGGAAACUAACAUGCCUGUUCCCUCAAACCCUGAACCAUGCAUUGCUGCCUCCAUUAUGGAAAUUUGCAGUAUCAGCUCAAGCUACAAUUUCAGUUCUUCAGUCACACAAUAGAGAUCUUCAAGAAAGCUUCGUAUGACUGUGAUUGAGUGCUUCUAUCUCUUGUAUUUCUUCCCCAUUCCAUUUAUUGUUUUGCAUACUAGCUGGGAAACUUUAGUAUUAGUCCAGUUUUAAUCUCUCUUUAAUUA